AUGUCUACAACAUGUAAGCCCCCAGUAUGGUUCUGGUUGCUAAUUGGUUUAGGACUUUUGCUAACCAUCGCCAUUAUAACUGCUUUAUGUUUGUAUUGCACAAAACGACACAGGUAUCGUCGUCGUAAUCGCGUCCGUGCUUUGAAUUCUGAUGAAGACGAAUAUGUAGGCUGCUGUGGUGGAUGUUGUGAUUAUGGUGGAAGUUGUGAUGUCUGUGGGUGCAUAGAUUACUAUGGAUGUUGUUCAUUGUAUGGUUGCUGUGGUUACCUUGGUGUGUGCAGUUGGUUUUUCGGCUGUUGUCGAUGUUGUCGUGAACCACUCGAAAGUCACCGGAGAAGAAUGGAUGUUACCGGGAACGUUUUCUAUAUUAAUCAUCAAAACGUUACCCCAAGAAUAUCAACAAGGUGGGAAGAGCUGCCAAAACGAGGACGAUUAUCGAAGAAAACGGCAAUGAGAUUAAAAAAGAAAAGACAGCGCAUGCUUGAAAGCAGAGAUUAUGUGUCAGAUCGUGUCGAAAACCCUUUAAACGACGAAACUUAUGGUAAAGUAAGAAGGAGUGCAAAAGACUUAGCUAUAUGGUUGCCGCAUUCAAAUCCAGUUCGAAGCAUUAAUACAAGUACUAGAUGAAUAAGACACGCUCUUGAGAUGACUUUUUUUUGUCUGAUUUUAAGAAAUAGAGGAAGAAUAAGCUUAAACUAUCAAAACAGUGAAAUUGUAUGUAAUAAUAUUUAAAAAUCAACCCAUUAAUUGAUAAAUGUCUUUAGUAACAGACACUAUAGCUUCAGCUUACUUAAAGUAAUUAAGAGCAAUCUUAAAAUCGUAUUUCAUAGCAUUGAUUUUAUGAAGCUUUGUUUUGCCUUUAUUACGAAAAAAUCUACGAUUGAUAAAUCGUUUUUUCUCUCUCUAGUUUUUUAUUAUAGCUAUAGGAUAUUUUUACUGUACCACUUGUUCGUUCAUUGCUCUAGAUAACAGAAGAUUGUUUAGAACAAAUUCUUGAACAUGCUAAUGUGUACUGUUUACCCCCUCCCCCUUUUCCGCCUUAUUUUUUUCCUUUAAUGUUUGCAUUAAUGUCAAGUAUGCACUUUCUUUUUGAUUAAUCAUAAACUUGACUCUAUUUGAGACGAUUAAGAUCUUACCAGAGAAUUCUUCAGAAUAACCCAACAUUACUUUACAUAGGCAUUCCAGCUAUAUUUUGAAAGGUUAAAGAAGGAAUAGCAAAAUAGUAUUAAUAAAUAUCAUUCUGUAUCAAAAAUAUAUAACGACUAUUCAAAAUGUAUAAUUCUGUUCCUUUACACAGAUUUUGAAUACCGUAAAAGCACCCAAUUUUUUAUUUUUGUUUUAUUUUUUUUUAUUGGUUACCUGUAACAAAGAGAACAAUAACCAUAGUAGUAAAGCACAUACAUUUUUACCGAUACAUGUUUUAGUUUUGUCGCUUAUAGGCGUGUAUAAUACGAUACAACGCGUGCUUCUCUUUACGAUUUGCAAAGGAAAAAUCUAAAAACUUGAACCAAACACACGUUCGUCAGUGAAAAAUUGAAUACAAUUUUCUGUAGGAAUGCCUAUUUUAUUAUAUGUAUGGGCUCAACCUAUAAUGCAUUAGAGAUCAGAUUUUUCAAUCAUUGGAGUUGUCUUUCUUUGACCAGAAAAAAAAUCCAUACAUCGAGCACCACUACUGUACGAUUUGACCGUUCGUCCAUUGUUGAAUACAUUUGACAUGUUUUUGUAGUGGUAACUAUGUCACUGAUUUCUAUCUGAUUGCCACUAAUUUUAAUUUUUUUCAUUUACGUAAAAUUUUAAUUUAAUUAUGUUAUUGUCAUUAAACUAUAUAUCGUAG